AUGGUGUCAUCGAUAGGAGAUAUUCUGAAGGCCAACUUCACUGGGCAGGUAAGUUGACGUCUAAAAUGUUGCUGCCACCUAUUCCGUAUUUUGUACAAUCUUUUAUCCUCGUUUUUUAAGAUCGUUGGACGGUUAUUUACCUUUCUAAUUAACAUGUACUUUAUUCGGACGGUUAGUGGUGAAGUUCUUGGAUUAAUUAAUGUCCGGUGAGUUAUUCAGCUCUUUUUGUUCUUAAUUUUGGGUACAGACUGAACCUGCUCUACAUGACGAUCAAUUUCCUGGUUUCCGAGCCUCUCCGGAAGACAUGUUUGAGUGCCGAUUUGACUGUGAAGGAUUCCAUGGUCUAUGCGUGGAUAAGGUAAGAUUAUUUCUUGUCUGAAGAAGGCCGCUUUGAAGUUUUACGUUCACUAGAGAAGAAGAAUGAUCUUACAGAUGUAACAAUCAAUUUUACUUUAUCUACGAUUACUUUUAGCCCGAUAUUAGCGAUUCCGAUCGCCUUACUUCUGUCGUUCGUCUGGACCCUGUUACCCACAAUGUCGGCUGUCUCCGAGGCUGAUUACACCGUCCUGGUGGGAUGCUUUUGUAUGGCCUCACUUAUGGAAAGUCUGGCCGAGCCUCUGGCUAUUUUAGCAAUGAAAAACGGGCAAAACAAUCUGUUCGCGUUCUCCCAAUCAUUCUUGCUCAUUUCCAACAAGUUUGUGGCCUUAUUUUUGAUUCUUGCGGGUGUAUCUUCAACAACAGCACUGUGUUGUGGACAGGUAAGGGGUUAUUGUGACAUUCCGUAAGGUCCUACAUUAAAAAUCAAAUGAUUUUUGACUGAAAUAGGAUUUCUGUCAUGUGUGACAUCUAAAAUAAGGUGUUUAAUGGAAUUUUUGUUUGCUCUAAGAACGAUUGAAGGUCUCUAAAUUAUGCUUAUGAUAUUUUCAGCUGUUUGGAUCUCUUAUCUACACAUUACUGCUCUACUUCUCCUUCAUCCGCGCCUAUUUCCGCAAAGAAUUGGACUUUUGGCCAUUUAUGCAGAUGGUGCCAAAAUACGAGCUCAAGUACCUCAGGUUACUGGCUACCCUGUUACUGCAUUCAGCUCAGAAGCAAGUUCUUACUGAUGGAUCAGCUUACGUGAUGACUUUCACCAAACAAUUAAGUUUAAGCGAGCAAGGUAAGUAUCUAGUGUAAUAUAACAUAACUCGAAAUUCCAAUAUUUCAACCAUAAUGUUUUAGCGGCAUACGAUGCGAUAGAGCGUCUGGGAUCAUUGGUUGUAAGGAUUGUGCUCAGGCCGUUGGAAGAGAGCUGUGCCGUUUAUUUUUCAUCGCGAUUGGAGAGAAGUCAAGCUGCUUCUGUGCCCAGGCCGUUAAUUGAAUUCUUCCAAGCAUUGUUGCGGAAUAUUUUCACACUUGGAAUGGUGGUUUGUGUAUUUGCAAUCCCGUAUUCAUCGAUUGCUGUUCAGAUUUAUGGAGGUCAGUGAUGGAUAAUAUAGUUGGUAUAUACCGGACUGUCGGAGAUUCAAUUUAAAGUAUUUUUACAUCGUAUUGUUCCAGGUGAACUCCUUAAACAGAACCGCGGAGCCUUCAUCCUCACCUUAUACGCCUUUUAUCUGCUGUCGAUGGCUAUGAACGGUCUUCUCGAAUGCUUCGCCUUCGCUGCAAUGUCAUCGGAAGGCAUCUUAAAACACACAAAGUUCCUUUUCAUAUCCUCCCUGAUCCAUUUGGCCCUCAACAUCGGCCUCAUGCAUUAUAUUGGAGCUCCGGGCUUUGUUAUCGCCAACAUUGCCAAUUCCCUUCUCAGAGCCGGCUAUAAUUGGAUGUAUAUCGCACAAAUGCGUGGGCUGAACAACGAGAUAUUUAGCAUCUGGAAAGUACUUCCUGACUGGAAUGUGUUUACUCAGAUGUUUAUGAGCUUAGUUGUGACAACGCUCAGCGGAUUGGUAAGGAUUAUAUUGUAAAUAGUAGGGAAAAAUUGCCAAAAUUAUUUAAAAUUUUUGAACGAUCAGUAUCAAUGUCUGAAACUUUUAAGAUUUUCUUCUCCACCCCCGGCCUCGCCUACACUGGUGCUCAUUUGGCCGUCGGGCUCGUCAUGUUCGUCCAGAUGAUGAUAUUUUUGCUCCAAAAUGGCGAAUUUUAUCAACGAUUGUGGGAGAAGUUGGACUAA